AUGGAAUAUGGUAAACAAAUGGAAAUUCUUUAUGCCCACAAUUCCAUUCGAUCAAAAUUUUCGCAUGAUAAUGGUACUUCACCUUCUCCAGCAAAGGAUUAUAAAUUGGAAUGGAAUUGCGAUUUAGAAAGAAUUGCCCAAUUUGAAGCCAAUAUUUGCAAUGCGACAAUAGUGCCCGUAUCUCAUAAAAUUGUGCAGAAAAUUUUCACGAAGAUACAUAAUAAUGGCACCAAUAAAGAUAUAUUCAAGGAAGCAAUUGACAAUUGGUUUAAUCACAACGAAUCCAAAAAUAUUGCCAGUUUAAUUCAAAUUGGCUGUGGUAUAAAUCAUUGCCCGACCAAUGAAGGCUCCCUUGAAACGCUUUUUGUUUGCCUAUAUUUUUCCAGGCCUAAAGAAAUAACUCAAUUUAACAAAGCUUGUCAAUUUGAUAGCGAUUGUUCUGCUUAUGAAAAUUCAAUCUGCAAUCACAAUACAAAUUUAUGUGAAACGUCAAAUUCGCGUGGACAAAACUCAUUGGCACGAACAGCGUCGCGAAAAAAUCCUUCAUUAGUCCUAACAUCCUACAAAGAUUUUGGUGUUUUUCGAAGUAUGCGUGGUUUACGCCUUUAUUUAUUGGCUAAUGCGGAAGCAACUGAAUUAGGUUGCGGAAUGAAUAUUUGCACGCAAGGCGCUAAUAAAAAAUUAUUUAUAAUUUGCAAAUAUGGCACAAGAUCUGAAUCAAAUUCUUCGUCAGAAAGCUUAUUCAAAUUCGGACCUCCAUGCAAAGACGAUACAGAUUGUACACUCUACGAACAAUCAACAUGCCUCAAUCAUCAUGGCCUAUGUGUACGUCAUAUUGAAUAA